AUGGGUGUAAAGUGCGGGUCAGGUUGUGGUAACGCGGGUUGGUGUGCCGUACUCUGUGUCCAUGUCGACUGGCUGCUGUGGACAGGACUCCUCAAAGGUCUAGGAGUGCUGCUGCCUACGCUUCAAGAGCAAUUCAAGGCUGACACGUGGAUGAUCGGUGGAUUGAUAGCGACCAUUACCGGCGCUGGCAGUUUGGCAGGUCCGUUAUCUAGACUGUUGGAGGUGUUAUUUGGUACCCGCAUAGUGGUUAUAGUCUGCGGAUUCCUCUUUGGGGCAUCGAUCAUCGUCUCGUCCUUCUCGACCAGCGCUAUCCAGAUGACACUUGCCCUAUCCUUAAUUGCCGGGCCUGGAUUAAUGAUCACCAAUGUUUUAUCGCGAGCCAUGACGGGUCGUUAUUUCACCACAAACUACGCUACGGUGAAUGGCAUUGCGACCUCAGGACACUCUGUGGGCUUGAUCGCCAUUGCUCCGUUGACUCAAGUGCUUUUAGACACCUACGGUUGGCGAGGUGCCAUGCUACUGCUUGGGGCUAUCAGCACGCAUCUUGGUGUGUGUGGCCUCCUGCUAAGAACUCCACCACCAUCAGCAGAGGGGCGGGAUGACUACCUACCAAUCAACUCGAGUGAAGAGGAGCCAUCGGCAGACGAAUCAAGAAGUCUUAAGGCUCAGAAGGAAUCCAGAUUCCGUAUACUGAAGAAUGCCGUGAAGGCUCAGGCGAAUCGUUUAGGAUGCACGGUAUGUAACUUCUCCACAUUCUGGAUAGCGACCCUCGUUAACGCCGGCCACUUGUUCGUUGGCAGCCUGUGGAUGAUAUACUUAGUCGCUUACGCCGAGUCGAAAGGUUUCUCCGGGUACGAGGCCGUGACAUUCACCACGGUCGCGGGGAUAGGGAACCUGGUUAUCAAGAUUCUUUUUGGAUUUAUGGUGGACCGAGGUUGGCUGAAGCUGCGACAGGCCUUGCUAAUUUCAAUCGUGAAUUGUGCCUUGGCUUUAUCCACACUUCCCUUGGUGAACUCCUACUGGUUGAUGAUGGUCAAUGCACUAAUAUUCAACGGCUUUGUUGGAGUUCAAGGGUCACUCAGUGAUAUUUACACCCGGGAACUGUUGGGAGUUGAAGACCUGGUGUCCGCUUUCAGUUGGAUGGAUCUACUGACAGCUUUGAUUCAAAUUGCCCUUGGAUUCUUUCCUGGUUGGAUAUUUGAUCAGACUGGAAGCUACGACAAGGCUUUCGUCAUCUUGGGACUCAUCUCACUUCUGCCGUUGGUGUCGCUGCUCGUGGAAAAUUUACUCAACCGAAGGAAGAAAUAA